AAGACGCGCUGACCGGACCUUGACCCCCAGCUCGCACAGCAGCGGUGAACGGGGAGAACGGGGUGUCGGGGAGAAACGGGUAAACCAACGGAGGAGAAGGCCCCGUUAGGUCUCAAAUGCCGUUUUACACAGACAGACCGACCGGCCGGCGGCCUCCACCCGGACCACGGCGGCAGUAAUGAAGCCGGCUCCGCUGUUUUCACCGCACCAAGUGGAGACGUGACGGUAACCGACAGCCAGAGCAGCAGCCGGGGGGCUGCCGCCGCCUUGUUUUUCUCUGCCUCGCCGCUGCGGUCCUCCGUUCUGGACAUGUGAAGAUGCUCAGGAUAAUAAGAAGCGUCAGAGGUCAGCCUGCCGGAUUGUUGCUCUUAUCGGUCAUCAAGAAACCGUUAGUCGCAUGAAAGCUGCGGACCUCGGUCGUCUCCAGAAGCUCAGGAUGAGGAAACCCAAAGUAAACCCCAUGGUGUUUGCCCUGUGUCUGGGGUGUUUCAUCAUGGUCAUCUUCUACUUCAACAGCAGUCUGAAACCAGAGGCCGUAGGAGAGAGAAACAGCAGUCACAAGUCCAGGAGGAGUCCGCUUCAGACGAUGUUCAACGGUGACCAGAGAAAGCCUGGGACGACACUUUAUGCCGUUGUUGUGAAAACCUGCAGAAAUGGAACCAGCUGCAUGAACUUAGCUCUGAAUCUGACCGACGGCUGUGUUUUAUCGUGUCAAACAGCUGCUUUGAUGUCUCCCACCACACUGAAGCAGGUUGAGUCAGCUCUACAGGCCAUCCACCAGGGGCGGCGGGAGCUGUUGGAAGAAGCCUGUCGCUCUUACAUCCGCAAACGCAGAGUCCUCAUCCCAGAAGACCUGAAACACAUCAUCGUGGACGACAAGCACGGCCUGCUGUACUGCUACGUGCCCAAAGUGGCCUGCACCAACUGGAAGCGGGUGCUGAUGGUUCUGACGGGCGUUGCUGGAGCCCACAAAGACCCACUAGCCAUCCCAGCUAACGAGGCUCACGUCCCAGGAAACCUCCGCACCCUGUCCGAGUACUCCACCUCAGAGAUCAACCAGCGUCUGCGCUCGUACCUGAAGUUUAUCUUUGUACGAGAACCCUUCGAGCGCCUGGUGUCUGCGUACCGCAACAAAUUCACACGGAGCUACAACACAGCCUUUCACAAACGAUACGGCACAAAGAUAGUGCAGCGGCACAGGCCACACCCGCAGCCAGAAGCUCUGGAGAAAGGAAAUGACGUCUCCUUUGAGGAGUUUGUGUAUUACCUCGUAGACCCGGCGACCCAGAGAGAAGAGCCCUUCAACGAACACUGGGAGCGGGUGCACUCGCUGUGCCACCCCUGCCUCAUCCACUACGACGUGGUGGGGAAAUACGAGACGCUGGAGCAGGACUCCCGCUACGUGCUGCAGCUGGCCGGGGUGGACGAGCAGGUCAGCUUCCCCGCCUCAUCCAAAAGCACCAGGACUACAGGAGACAUGGCAGCCCAGUUCUUCCAAAACAUCAGCCCUUUUUACCAGAAGAAGCUGUACAACCUCUACCGCAUGGACUUCCUGCUCUUCAACUACUCCGUGCCAGCCUACCUCAAGUUUAGAUGAGGCUGAGGUGACUCCUGAACACUUGAACUCACUGACGGAAGCCUAAGAAGGACCGUUUCACAGGAGAAGUUCUUUCUGCAGGUCUCACCACGGACCCUGGACAAACGUUCCUCAUCAGAGCUGCAAAGAAAAACUGCUCUAGAACAGCUGGAAGGCUGGCAGGACCUUGACGAAUGAGUUUUUAUUGUAAAGAAUGAAAAAGUGGAUGUGAGUCGGUGGCUGUGAAACGUGUCAUCAGCUUUGGUUUUACACUCGUUUCGGUUGUUUUCUGCUGUUUCCUAAAAUUUAUUUGCACACGUCUACAAAGAUCAGCGAGACGAUGAGUAAGCAGAUGGUUUCCAGAGAAUGUCUUCUAACAUGCGUGCCUUCCACAGUGGGCCUUAUUUGGUUUCCAGGCGACAGCUUUUUUAACUGUGAACCCUGUUUCCUUUUGUACUGUAGAAGAGAUUUUGUGCAACAAUGACAUUGUUUUUAUUUAUUGUGUUCUUAGUAGUGUUACCAAAUCAGACCAAAAUAGACAUGUAUUAUUCUACAGUUUUCAAAUAAAUGCAUUUCACCUCGA